AAUGAGGGCAUGGAAAAGGAAAAUGCAACACUGUUAACACAGUUUGUUCUCACAGGAUUUGCAUAUCAAUCAGAGUGGAAAAUCCACUUCUUCCUGGCGUUCUUGGUGAUGUACCUCAUUACCAUCGUGGGGAACCUUGGUCUGAUUGCUGUCAUCUGGAAUGACCCUCACCUUCACAUCCCCAUGUAUUUAUUCCUUGGAAGUUUAGCCUUUGUGGAUGCUUCAUUAUCUUCCACAGUGACCCCCAAGAUUCUGGUCAACUUCUUAUCCACUAGUCAGGUGAUGUCUUUCUCCGAGUGCAUGAUGCAGUUCUUUUCCUUUGGAGUCAGUGCAACCACGGAAUGUUUCCUCUUGGCAGCAAUGGCAUAUGAUCGCUAUGUAGCCAUAUGCAAACCUUUACUCUACCCAGUGAUCAUGACCAAUAGACUCUGCAUCCGGCUAUUAGUCUUGUCAUUUGUAGGUGGCUUUCUUCAUGCCUUAAUUCAUGAAGCAUUACUGUCCAGAUUAACCUUCUGUCAUUCCAAUAUAAUACAUCACUUUUACUGUGAUAUUAUCCCAUUGUUAAAGAUUUCCUGUACUGAUCCAUCUAUUAAUUAUCUAAUGCUUUUUAUUUUCUCUGGUUCAAUACAGGUAUUCACCAUUAUGAUUGUUCUUAUCUCUUAUACAUUUGUUCUCUUUACAAUCUUAAAAAGGAAGUCUGUUGAAGGCAUAAGGAAAGCCUUCUCCACCUGUGGAGCUCAUCUCCUAUCUGUGUCUUUAUAUUAUGGCCCUCUACUCCUCAUGUAUGUGCGCCCUCCAUCACCACAAGCUGCUGAUCAAGAUAUGAUGGAGUCUGUGUUUUACACUGUCAUAAUUCCCUUGUUAAAUCCAGUUAUCUAUAGUCUGAGAAAUAAACAAGUCAUAAAUUCAUUGAAAAAAUCAUUAAAGUUAAAUGUUUAG